AUGGUAGAGGACAUCACCAGAAGAUGGGAGUCGCUGAAACUAACAAAAGAAGAACAGGAAGAGAUCACCCUUCCAGACAAAGUUGUUCUAUCAUAUAACAUAAAAGGAGAACUCUGCCUCCUAGCAAAGAUUUUUAAUUACAGGACAGCUAACAGGGAAGCUUUCAAGACGACCAUGUCCAAGAUAUGGAAUACAGAGGGGUGGCUUACAUUCAAAGAACUCGAAACAAACCAAUUCCUCAUAGAAUUCCAACUUCAUUCAGAUAAGCAAAAGGUUUUGCAGGGACGUCCAUGGUCUUUCGACCGUCAUCUAGUUUGCAUGAAAGAGCUUGAGGGAAUUCUUUCCCUUUCUGAGGUUCAUUUCCUUACUGAACCUUUCUGGAUCCAGGUUCAUAAUCUUCCUUUCGCAGGAAUGAAUAAAGAAAUGGGAAUGCUAGUGGGUGCUGGCCUCGAAAGAGUACUUGAGGUGGAAGUAGAUAUAGAAGGCUAUGGAUGGGGAAGCUUCUCAAGAAUUAAGGCAGAAGUCAAUGUAACUAAACCUCUCGUAAGAGGUCAUUUCCUCAAGUUUGGCAAUAAGCAGUCCUGGCUCUCUUUCAAGUACGAGCGUCUACCCAUUUCUGUUUCAAGUGUGGGCGCCUCAUGCACGAGAAAGGAAUUUGUCUAG